CAUCAAUUUUCUCCUUUGGAGUAGCCGGCAAAACGCGAGCAGAGAAGAGAAGAGAAGAGAAGAGAAGGGUUCUUUGUCCGUGUUGUAGCUGCUCACAUAGAUUGAAACACAUCAAUUUAAUGGAGGAAGAAAAACAAAGACAAAGAAAUUCACUUGAAAAUCAAAAAAACCCAAAUAAUAAUAAUAAUAAUAAUAACAACAACAACAACAUUAAACACAGCAAAGGAAAGUCGUGCAAGGGUUGUUUAUACUAUUCUUCUUCUCUCAAAUCCAAUUCUCAAACGCCCAUUUGUGUUGGCAUUCCCAGAAAUCUCAAUCAAGUCCCCAGGUACAUUGUGGGAGAAACUGAGUUGGAAGCUUCAAAAGAGGGUCGUACCCUUAAGGAUUUCAAGUAUGGAUGUGUUGGUUACUCGGUUUACUUGGACAAUAAAGAUUUGUCAACUGAAAAAAUGAAUAAAGAAGCUGAAUUGCCAUUCUGUGUUGGGCUUGAGAUAUUGUUGGACAAAAGCCUUUCAACUGCUGAUCAUCUUCCUGCUCAUGUUCGUAAAAAUGAAGAGACUCGUCCUCAUGCUCAACCUCAGCCCCGAAGCUACAAGCCAGCUCUCUUUCCAGAUAAUGAGUACUUUAACAGGUUUAAAAGGAACGCAGGAGUGGUUGCAUCAGGUGUAGCCAAAAACGUGAAUAAGGUGGGCAACUACAUUAAAGAGACAUUGGAAGAUAUUCUGUAUCCUUACAGAAGGAAGUAAAAACUUUGUUUAUCACAAUUAGAAUGCCAUAAACUGUAGUUUCUUAUGUUGAUAAAGAACAUGCAUGGUUGCCUUUAUUCUUCUUUUCAAUGAAUUCUGUAUUUCCUUUUCCUUUC